AUGCUGUCCAAUUCACAUGGAGGCCACCUCCAAGAACGGCAACGACAACACCGCCGACAGAUCUCGACCCCUACAGCCCUCGAGGCCGCGAAAGCUCCUAGUCUUCCUGCACCGGCAUUGCAACGGCUCAAUGCUCAUCGACGAGGCCAGAGCCUCGACACACGGGCCUUCCAGAUGCAACAACGAGCACAGGCCAUGCAGGAUGGGAAUCUUUCUUUUACUAACCAAGGAACAGUACACCAACAACCACAGCAACCACACAAUGUUUUGCGCGAGGCCCAACAACAGCGAUUGGCUCGACAGGGACAUCAGGUGUACCCCGCUAAUUCGACAUCUGUACCCCUGGUGCCCGACUGCCACGCGUUCAGCCAAGGGGACCUGCAUAUGCUUCCGAACCAAGACAAUAACGAGAACCACCAAAGUACAGCGUAUAUUGAAGCGCAGCUGAAUCUGAACUUCAAUUUGAUGCAACAACAUCAACAGCUGCUGCGGAGCCAGACCUUCCCUGGCAACAAUUCCCAAAUGGCCACCUGGGAUAUGUACCAGCAAGACACGCUUGCGCCCCAAGCCAAUGUGGUUCCGCAGGACAUGCGACGCCUGUCCGCUCAGUCGGAUACCAUCCCUAAUUCGCAACGUCCGCUUACACCAGCACAAGAAAACAACAACACCCGUUACUUGCCAAUCACCCCAGCAACGACACCAUUCAAGAAGUCAAUGGGUGUUGUCCCGUACAACACGGAAGUGCAGUCAUCACCCACCAAGGAGCAGUGUCUGUCUGUUCCCGAGGCAGUCAAGACGUCGUACAUGCAACGUGCUAGAUCCCUUCAAGGAGUGGCCGGGUCAAGUUCAUCGCAGAAAUUUGACCUCCCCUCUCCCCCCAACACAGCAACAUUUGAAUUCGAUAGCUUUGAUACAUUUAACAGUCAGCAGGAUUCCAGAUCGGAGAAAUCAGAGUCACAGAGUUCGUCGCAACGUAAACAUGUUCCGUCUUUGUCUGCAUCGUCAUCUCUCUAUUCGUCGCCAGAAAUUGCACCCAUGCCGUCGUCUCCUGCAGGUGAAAAUGAGAGGCCACGAAAGGUUCCUAUUCGCCCUGCCACACCAAGUCACAAGAGAAUGUCGAGUACCGCUACGACUACGAGUUCGACUCCGUCGAAGCCCAAGCUCUCCCCGAGAGUCGCGUCUAUUGACAACCUGAACCUUGAUGACAGGGUCCACGCAUCCAUCAAUCAAACCGGUGUCACCAUCGAUGAGAUUGCAUCAUACAUCUCUGGUCCGGACCCCAAGGAUGGCAAAUGGGUCUGUCUCCACCCGGGCUGCGAGAGACGGUUUGGCCGAAAGGAGAACAUCAAGUCCCACGUCCAAACUCACUUGGGUGACCGCCAGUACAAGUGCGACCACUGCAGCAAGUGCUUUGUCCGUGGUCACGAUCUCAAACGCCAUGCCAAGAUUCACACGGGCGAUAAGCCUUAUGAGUGCCUCUGUGGAAACGUGUUCGCCCGUCAUGACGCCUUAACCCGUCACCGUCAGCGCGGAAUGUGCAUCGGAGGAUACAAGGGUAUUGUGCGCAAGACCACAAAGCGCGGCCGUCCCAAAAAGCAUCGCCCCGAAAUGGAGGAGCGACAAGACAAGGCAUCCCGUACUCGUGAGCGCAUCGCUGAGAAGACUUCUUCCUCGAAUUCUGUCUCUGGAUCGUCGGACUUCUCCCGCAGCACACCACCGUCAGAGGUCUUUGAGAACAUGAGCCUCCGUGGCUCUAGUCCCGUCAACAACGGGCCGAUGUUUCACACGCCUAAUUACUCCGUGUUGCCGCCAGAGGCCUUUACCUUCACUCCUCCCGCAUCCCCCGGUUGCAGCACUGGCAACAAGCCCUCGCCUCACUGCAACCCGCGUUCUCUCACGCCUUGCACAGAGGAUGAUAUGCUGCCUUCAAAGCAGCGAAUGCAGAAGAUUGGCGAGGAGCCUAGUCUGUCUUUCAUCGCGGAUGCUGAGUCCUGCCGCUACCCUUAUGCCAGCAGCUCGUCCAACGACAACAACCUCUCUUCGCCUCACACCGCACCAACGCUGGCCGAUUCCACUCACGAGUCGGACCUGGACAUCUUCAUCAAUCAGGAUGCAACAACAACAAGUGGUUUUGACAAUGACUUCCCGCCCCUGACAGAUGCCUCGAUGGCUGCAUUUCCGGACUAUGUCAACACUGCCGCUCUCGACGGGCCAGGAAUGGAUUUCUUCCCUGGAAAGACAUUCACGACUGCUCCCGCUAUGGAUGAUGAUUUCUUCUCUUUUCAUCUCCAUGAUGAGCAGCAGCCCUCGGAGUUUUUCAUAGCAUAA